AUGGAAGAUACACGAUUCGCCUUACAAGCGUACAGGUGGAAACCCCCAAGCGAUUUGGGUCAAAAAUCACGAGGUGGAGUUAAGAGACGUUGGAGUACUGUUAUUCGCAGUGAAACACAAGAAUUAUAUGCAAUUAAUAUGAAUGCGGAGGCAAGGAUUCGUCAUCGGGAAACGGAGACCGCAAUGAAUGACCUAGAGGGUCGCAUCAAUGACCGCAAGGGGUGGCGCAAGUGGACGUACGAAAAGGUCGCCGAACUGCGUAAUCGUCAACAACUCGCGUUCGAUAGGGAAGCAGACUGUCGUACGGGUGUGCGGGAGGUUAUUCAAGUGUUGCUCAAUGCGGUUGAAGAAGAGUUAAAUACGAUGCGGACUCUCUUAUAA